AACUGAAUGAAAGAAUGUAUAAAGGAAUCGAUUGAUUAUCUGUGCGGCCAGUUUUAGAGCCGAAUGCCAAGUUCUUCUGUUUAAGUUUAUUUAAUGAGCUCUCUGGGUUUCCAAUGAAGGAAACAUCGAGCUAACAGUAGGCUUUAGGUAGACAUUGUUGUACAGGUUGUCGUAAACAUGAUUUAGAUUUCGUUUAACUGCAAUCGAAAUGUCUAGAAAUCGUCAAAAGUGCUCUGUUUGUUCUCAGAAAAUCCAGCCUUUUGAUAGGGUAUCAUUCGUACAAUGCAAUCAUAAAUAUCAUAAGAAAUGUAUAAACAUUAAAAAAAAGUUUUGUCUAAAAUGCCGAAGUACAGGGAUUCCUUUUACCUACGAACAGGAAAAUCAGCCAUUUCAGAUCGACGAGGGUGCAUACGCCGGACUACAGAAUGAAAUGGCUUCUCAAUUGUAUCACUCUCAAGUCAUUGAUUUUUCUGGAGUUUCAAGUGAUUUAAAUGAUUUAAAUUUAACAAAAAUGCAACAAAUUCAACUACGAGAGGUAACAGACCAUUUAUAUGACAAGUUUAGGCCUACAUAUGAGAGCACUUUCAGUGAUGUAGCAAAGCAGUUUGCAAGUGGACCUAUAACGUGUGGUUAUGUAAGUCUAAAUGAUGAUGAAAAUGAUUAUGACGAUAGUGAUGAUGAUGAUGAUGGUGAUGAUGAUGAUCCUGUGACACAUAGUAUAAGACAGUUGAAUUUUGACAAACGAAAUAUAUAUCAGGGGAACUUAGCACAUUCAAUACGAAAUCAAGGACCUUCGGAACAAGGACAGAUGCCUACACAGAACCAACCCAAUCCACAACGCCCUUUAGCUCAAGGACAACCUAAUCCACAACGUCCUUCAGCUCAAGGACAACCUAAUCCACAACGUCCUUCAGCUCAAGGACAACCUAAUCCACAACGUCCUUCAGCUCAAGGACAGCCCAAUCCACAAAGCCCUUUAGCUCAAGGACAACCUAAUCCACAACGUCCUUCAGCUCAAGGACAGCCCAAUUCACAAUGCCCUUUGGGUCAAGGACAGACGGAUCUCGAGCGACCUUUAACUCAAAACGACCCAUGUUCAAUUUGUUUAGAAGGAUUCACUUCGACUAGUGAGAAAACUUUCCUGGCAUGUUUGCAUGGUUUUCACAGGAAUUGUAUUGAUACCUGGCUAGAAGAGAAUGACACGUGUCCUAUAUGCAGAACUUCUGUCAACACUUCUGUAAAUACAACGGAUUCUGGACAUUUCCAAUUCGAUAAUAAUGAUACUUAUGAUGAUUUCAAUGAUACCGAUGAUGAAGUUGUUGAACCCGGGGGACAUUCGGCGGGACUGAGGCAUUUUGAUGAACAAAGUAUAUAUCAGCAGCCUUUCAGAUUACCUGAUAUAAACGUGAGAGGCAAUGUGGCACCAAUACGAGACUGGAAUCGUCUGACUGGAAGGAAUACUUCGAGAUAUAAUACGCCAACUAUAUGCCUCAGUCUCAAUACACCCGCGUUCAAUCUCAAUGACCCUAACGACCCUUUACUUCUAAGAGAUCAAAGAAUGAACCAACGUCGUGCUUCAAAUAAUGGCAAUAACUGUCAACGAGACGGUCCUAACAGAGCCUCGAAUUCCAGCAGACCAAACAUUGAUAGGGACUUUCUGUUUAACUUCGUGACGUUUCAUCAUGGAAAUCCCUAUGGGCUUACAAGAGAUGAACUUGUGCGAGAAAUAUGCGCUACCAACUUUUGUAAGAAAUGUUUUCCCCCUACUGGCAAUGUGGAUUCAAGGCAAGAUACGUGUGGGAUUUGUUUGAGAAGAUACACAGCAUCUGACGAGAAGAAGUUUCUGAUGUGUGAACACAGCUUCCAUCGUCAUUGCUUGGAGAAUGAGAUGUUAGCCACACGUCCUCCUCCUGGGCCGCAGUUUUUCCAAGGGGCAGAGUCUAAUCCAAUGGAAUUGCAAAGACAGCAACAUGUGCUUUAUUCUCCACAAGAAGGAAGCAAUGUUCAGCCUCGUCGAAAUCGACGUCGGUCUCGACGGUCACGGCAAAGAAAUCCCCAGCAACCAGCCAACCAACCAGCCAACCAACAGCAACCAGCCAACCAACAGCAACCAGCCAACCAACAGCAACCAGCCAACCAACAACAACCACAGCGUCGUCAGAGAUCAACACAGCGAAAUCAGCCUUCCGAGAAUUCACGGGGUGCUGGCGAAAGGGCGGUAGGAACCCUAUCUGAUCGCUUGUGCACCUUAUGUAACUGUAACUAUGAGCCGUCUGAUGAAAGAGUUUUCCUGACAUGCGCACACAGCUUCCAUUGGAACUGUGUUGAUGGAUUUCUUGCUGCUAACGGGACAUGCCCCAUUUGUGAAGAAGUAACUGAAAUCGCUUAUACCCAACAAGCCACUUUGGUUUGGAAUUCAACAAAUCCAAUGCAAAGCCAAGGACGUCUAUCUCAAGUACAGAGACCUGCACAGGAGCAGCCCAAUCCACCACGACCUUUAACACAAGAACAACCCAAUCCACAGCGACCUUUAACUCAAGGACAACCCAAUCCACAACGACCUUUAACUCAAGGACAACCCAAUCCACAGCGACCUUUAACUCAAAGCCAACAGUCUCUAAACCAAGCUCUUCGUCCCUCAUUCCAAGCAGAUCUACCUGAGUCAUUGAGAGAUCGUCCCAUAGUUUCACAAGAUCAAUGGAACUCAUUUUCUAGCAGCCACUGCGCCCUCUGUACUGACGAGUUUAGCGGGCCUGCUGAGAAAACCGUUUUACCUUGCAAUCAUUAUUUCCAUAAUGAGUGCAUUAGACCGCAUAUACAGGAAGACAGAUCGUGUCCUGUUUGCAGGCAGAUUAUUCAAGCAGCUUUCUCUGAAUCGGAAGCACAAGCUCCGAAUUUGCACAGAGUACAGCGCCCUUCGACUCAGAAUCAGCAGCCCCUAGUUCCAGGUCUGCAACGUGUUACUCAAACCCAGCAGUCAUCACUUCAGAGUCCGCUACCACAACUACAAAGUCAGCAGUCACCACUUCAGAGUCAGCUACCACAACUACAAAGUCAGCAGUCACCACUUCAAGGUCAACCUUCCAGAGAAGGACAGAGACUAAUGCUUACCAAUGAAGGAAGUCUGAAUGUAGACAGCCAAGUGGUCUCCCCUGCUACUAACGAGUGCGCCAUUUGUUUAGAGAAAUUCAAUCGUACUGAAGAGAAACACUUUUUGACUUGCUGUCAUUUUUUUCAUAAGAACUGUAUAGAUAAGUGGUUACAGUCCUCAACUAUCUGCCCUUACUGUAGACACCCAGUUCGUACUUAAACAAUUUUUGGAUACAUUGUCGUAAUCAAGCACAAGACAUCUGAAAAGCUACGAGUCUUCCUUUUUUGCUAUUCUAAUAAGAUCUGGCCUAAUGUACUGCAAUUUACAUUAUUUAAUAAAGUAUAAAAUGUAUACUAAGAUAAAUUAACUCAAUAUAAAGUUGUAACAGUAAACUAAGAAACUUCAGUAAGUACUUUUUAUUACUUCAUUGAAACAUCAAGUUAAUGCUGUAUUGAUUGAUGCGUUGGCUGAAUGUGUUUGAAGAGUUCAUUAAAGAAAGAAAAAUGUUUCUUCAGUGUGUUUUAAUCAAUGUCCGGCAAGCAAUAAGGUUUUUGCCAUUGAAUAUACACAAAGCGAAAUAAGCAUUGUACUGUCAACGCAAUCCUAAACAUACUAUUGCCGAAAAAUUGGAACCAAAACAGUAAUAGUUACUCUAGGCACUGUUUUAAUGAGUCAUUGUUUUAUUAGUCGUUAGAAACCUAACAGCUCAAUGUAAAACUGUUUCCUUUAAACAUCAUUUUCAAGUGUGACAAAGAAAGAUUGUUUAUUUGAUUUUCAGUCUGUUUCCUUUACAGUUGUGUAACAAUCAAUAAAUGUUGCUAAUUAGUUCACUGUAUACAUUUUAACAAUUACAAAAUCAAACAAUAGUUUGUAUUCUCAAAUUUUCGGGAAAAAAAUGAUGGUGGGGUUGACAGCAUGAGUUGACCGCACCGGAUGACACCGACCCUUGUUACGCCAAUGACUAUACAUUGUUAGCUUAUUAGGCUAAUCAUAAAAUUAAACUACACAUAACUUUAUAGACUAUUGUAUAUAUUUUUGAGAUAUUAUCUUUGCAUGCAUUAAUUUAUAAAAUGAUGUAAAUAUUUGUUGGUUUUAAAGUUUGUAUUAAUUUUUAAUUGAGUUUGAUCAUUGCAUUAUUGUAAUCAAAUACUUAUUCAAAUCAAAUGUUCAACUUUAUUGUUUAGUACAGUUUGAUGUUGAAAAAGUGUUUCAAAUUCCAAUCCACACUAGUGUGAGAUAACCAGACAUGUCAUGAAAACCCACUGAAUAGUUAAGUAAAAAAAAAGUGAUUUGUUCAUUACUGGCAACAUAGAUAAUAUAUAGACAGAUAGAUAGAUAGAUAGAUAGAUAGAUAGAUAGAUAGAUAGAUAGAUAGAUAGAUAGAUAGAGAUAGACAGAUAGAUUGAUAGAUAGAUGAAUAGAUGAUAGAUAGAUAGAUGAAUAGAUGAUAGAUAGAUAGAUGAAUGUCUGAGAGUAGAUUGUUAAUGUAUAUGGCCUGAAAAUUGUAUAAAUUUUUUAAAAAGUUCUUAUGGUACAUUGGUAGGUGCAUUUGUAAUAACGAUAUGAGAAUAUUUACCUGAAAGUAAUGAAAAGCACGUACGCACAAGAAAGGAGGUUUUUUUAUUGAAAUGUUCAUUUGUAGUAGUACUAAUAGUUGACCAUUUGCACCUUCCUGGAUUCUGGGCAACCAAAUUCUAGCCAUUUUUUGCACCACCUGAUCAAUCAAAAUCUAAUAAACAACAUAACAAGCAGUGCUGCCACUGAUGAAUGGAGUACAGUUGUAGUAGGCUAGCCUAGGCUUAUCAAGAUUUUAAUCAGUUUUUUACACCUUCAAAUCAAUUAACUUCUGCUAGGAAGCAACUUAAUAUGUAGUGCUUCCACUGAAAUAAAGUAAAUAAAGAUAAGCUGUUAUUGUAAGAAACUAGAAUAGGCUCAUUUGUAGUUCAUGUCCGACCAGUGGCGCUUUAUUAUAGGCUUGCAAUUUAAUAUUCUAUAGCAUGUUAGUCGUGACGAUUGUUUUUCUCUUGCACGCUAUUAUAGUUAUCAUUAUAUUUAGUAAAGGCCUAGUAUAUGAUAUAAGGAAUAUAAGAUGUUGUUGUUGUUUUUUGUCUUGGAGGACAUAUCCUUGCCAGCUAUAUUUCUAUUUGAUAUAUGGGAAAGUUUCUUUGAACAAGAUUAUCAAUAUAUUAAUUUAAAAUAACGAUUGUAAGUGAAACCAGACAAUCUGCAUCAGUGCCUGCUCCUCGUGUGUUUCUGAUUUGUCUUUUAAUUGUCGUCAGCUAUUCACCCGUACUUGAACCAGUUUCCGUGAUGUUGCAGUCUGUCCAUCUUAGCACAAGCGGCCGCUCAACAGCACAUCAGCAGUCACAUUAAUGACAUAAUCAAAAACCAACUUGACCAUGCUGAGGAACACUUAAGGGAUGACAUUUUGAGUGAGGUGACACUGCUGGCAGACAAACUUGGUAAUGAGUUGGUGCUGCUGGGACUUCGCAGUCGACAGAUACACCUAACUAAACCACACGUUUGCAUUUUGGGAUUAUUACAGAACACGACUUUACAUUCCGUAUCUUGAUUCGUUAGUUUCUUCAUUAACGUCUCGCUUUUCAAGCAAUAAUAAUGCUCAGUUCAACCUGUUUUGUCUUCAUCCUAAAAGGAUUCAAGAAUUGCAACGUACAGAAGAAUAUCAGAACUGCCAGAUACGUGUUCAUCGCCGGCUUGUCCAUCGCGACAAGAAGCAAUUCAGUAGUAAAGUUAUUGACAGUUUUGGCAGAGUUUGCAUUUUUUGUUUGAUCGACCGUUGGGAUGCACGGGCCGCACGAAUAAACAGUAUAUAGAUCUAGUUUUCUUACGUUAGUUUUUUUUUUUUUUUUAUUUCAUGAAACAAGUAUUUACAGUGAACUUAAUAUCACAUAGGUAUGGGGGCGAGGGGGCACCAAUUCUUUUUUUUUUUUUUAAUAUUCUCUGUAAUAAAAAAAGUUGAAGCUACGACUUUGAGCCAUAUGUGGCAACUUGCACCACCCCCCUGCAAAAAAAUCCUGCGUGCGCCCAUGUAGUUGACGUAGUGGUGUAGCAGGCUGUGUGACCUUUAGGUGGCUAAUGAUCAAACUUAACAAUUGCUUUUAUCUGCAGUACAUAGUGUUCAGCUCAUCGGCUCACUGAAUACUGAUAGAGUUAACUCAAAACUUGUUUGUAUCACAUGAGGCACUGUAAUGGUGAAGCUGAUUCUCUGAAUGUCUUAUUUCAGUUCCUUUUUGUUUAUUUAUUUACACUUUUUUUUUAUCUUCACAUUGCAUUGAGUAUGUCAAUAGUUGAACGUAUAAGCCUAAUUAGUUGUAUGUGUAUUGGUCUAUUGGUUUAAAGCCUGUGGUCGCAUAACUGGGAAAAUAUGCAAACUAUGCAAGGACAGUAAAAUUCAAAUAGUGUAAUUUUUCUGAGUGUCAUUUACAUAUUGAAAAUGUAAUUCUGACUGGAAGACCAUAUACUUUCUAGAUCUUAUGAUCUCUAAUCUUCUUAUUCGACACGUGGGUCUAAUUAAAGAAAAGCUUAGAACGCAAGCAACAUUUUUUUUAAACAGCAAUUUAGUAAAGAUCUCUAUUCUGCUGGGUACAUUGCAUCAUUUUAAUGACUCUUAUAUGUGACGCUUGUGGUAGCCCACAUAGGCCUUACAAAGUCUGUACGAAGGUAAUCUAAAAAGUUGUGCAAAGACGAAGUAAACGAACAUAUUUACAAACAUUUCUUUGUAUGCGAACACUGUCCAUUGAAUGAUACUUCAUUUAGCAA